UGGAGACAGCUUCCGCUAUGAGAGUUGCUAAAUGCCGCAUGUAGCUAGUUCACGUAGGCUGCCAUGUUUGACUGGGGCAUUUAUGGCACCAUAGCAGUGUAGCUCAGAAACAAAUCAGUCCCUGGAGAUGAAUUCAGCGUGAAGAAAUGCUAUAUUUUAAAAGUACAGUCAAAAACAGUAAUUUCGCCAUGACAAUCAAUGAACUGCAAUACGUCCGGUAACCACAAGAGUGUAUGAGCUUCAGAGGGAAUGUCAUCGUGGCUCUUGAAGAACAAUGAAAGAGAUCCACUAUAAUCCUAUUCGGGCUGAUAAUAUUUAUCUGGUUCAUAUUAAUUUAACCAAAAAUCAACAUUGGAUGUUCAGUAAAGGGAAGAUUUACUUGCCAGAAGAAAAACGAAGGUUGGUGCCAAGCUUGAAAACACGUUAUGAAAUGGUUCGGAAAUACUAGAUUCGUUUCCGGUUCAUGUGCCACAAGGCGCAGGUUUGAGUAGAAACUUUACAGGGAUAAAACGUGACCAGCUUUGCGAAUAGCCUGCAUGGAUCAGCCGUAGUAAAGACACAGAAAUACAGAAACACGUUUCUAUAAUAUGUCUACAAUAAAUAUUCAAAUAAUCUUAAAGUGAGUUACUAACCAAGCGAACUAACAUGUAAUGGAUACAAUUAUUAUGUUAUGUAUAACAUGUCAGUAGCCACGUGGAACUAGUUGGCUAAAUAUUGUCUUUACUAGCUAGCUUGCUGGGUAACGUUAAUUUUGCAGUUAGUUGCUUCCAAGCUAGUUAAUAUUUCAACGGAAUACAGGCCCAGGAAGAGUCCUUCGCAUAUCGGUGCCGAUAUGCGCAGCAUAUUAUUCACCUUAAGUAAAUAUUGUUGGUUUCUGUCAUUUUGUCUUAAUUUCUUAAAUAAGUUCAUUGUUAGCUAUAUGCGUCUGUGAAAUAAUGCUAACGCGUUGUAUAAGAACGCAAAUUGGCAUACAUAAUAUGCCAUCACAGUUGUUGUUAAGAUUUGCGAAUCCCCCUCAACCUUGGAGAGACUGUCGAGGUUUAGCGUCCGACACUGAGGACAAUGAUCAAAUCAAGACAUUGAUGCAACUUUGUUCAGACCGCUAUUACAUGAUAUGUGACGCACUCAAUGGGGACCCCUUUCAUCUUGGCAUAAGCCGUCCCUAUGGACCCUUGGGAAUGGAACUGAGAAAGAGUAUUCUGGAUAAGUGGUGGACUUCAGUGGUGAUAUCCAGGGCACAGGUAUUUGGAAUCAGUACUAUGCACCUGACCAAGACCAUAUCUGCAACAGGACAAAACACUCUGAAGUUAGUUGACAGCACUGCUCUGGACCGUAUCAUAAACCAAAAGGGAUUGAACCGGGACCAGGCUAGAGACACUAUGAGCAAACAACUGCAGGACAGCUCAACACUGCGGACUAAUCUGCUGCAAGGUGCUUUGGAGCAGUAUUUGCCUUCCCUCGAGCUGGUGAACAGGAGACUGCCAUUUGGCCUGGCAGAGACGGGUGUGUGCUACCAGCCAUUGGAGGGGCAAACCGAUGGACCCAGCUGCCCAGCUGAGGUGACGCGGGCCUCGUUGGUGUGGUUCUGCUCCCCUCGCACCUCCUCCCAGUGGCUGGACUACUGGGCACGCCAGCGGCUGCAAUGGUGGCGAAAAUUUGCCUUGGGCCCCUCCAGCUUCAGCUGCAGUGAAGUAUCGGAUGGUGGAGAGGGUGAAAGAGCAUCUCGAGCUGUCCGGAUACUGUACCAAUUCCCCUGGGGUGCCGAGCCCCUGGAGACACUGUGUAAUCUGGGGGACACGGAGCUGUUGCAGACACACAGGGGUAGCCGUGCCAAACUGCAGUGCAGAGAUGGGAGGAAGUAUGUGUUGCCUCAUGUCAUCUCUGUGUGUGGGAACAUAGACCGUGGCGUUUUGGCAUACCUGCACAACUCUCUACAGGAGGUUAAGAAAACCGACAGUAAGCAGAGACUCUACAAGAGAAAGGUGCUGAAGCUGCAUCCCAGUUUGGCUCCAGUUAAAGUUGCUUUGGACAUGGGCCGUGGACCCACAGUGGAACUACGACAGGUUUGUGAGGGUUUACUUCAGGAGUUACUGGAAGGAGGGAUAUCGGCCUGGCCCGGCUACCUGGACACAAUGCAUUCCACCAUGGAGCAGCUCAGCACAAAGUAUGAUGAGAUGGGGGUGCUGUUCACCGUGCUAAUGGCUGACAGCACUCUGGAGAGUGGGCUGGUGCAGGUACGGAACCGUGACACCACCAUAAAAGAGACCAUGCACAUCUCCCAGGUCAAAAUAUUCCUCACCAAAUAUAUCAGGGCAUCAGAAAAUGUCUGAGCCAUAACUUAUAAGAACAUCAUCUUCCUGCAGAUAGCAGUGUGAUAAAUGCAUUGCCACUUCCACUGUUUGUCAAACUUCUGUCCGCUGUGCCUUUUGUAAACUGUAAUGGAAAUGUAAACUAUUUAAAUUUUGUUUUGUGAUUAAAACUAUUUUUUUACAUUAAAA